CCCAUGCCCUGCAUAUGUUAACAUUCAACUCAAGGCUGCAGUUCUCUUCCAUCCCUAAUUCGUGUAAACCCGUCGAGGAACAGCAACAUGUCGGAUCAAUCCACUUUUGACACAGAUGUGUGGACUCUCACACGGUUCGUCAUGGAGACUGGGAGACAAGCUAAGGGUGCGACCGGAGAAUUUACCCAGCUUAUUAACUCCAUGCUGACAGCUAUCAAAGCUAUUUCAUCUGCUGUUAGGAAAGCCGGACUCGCACACCUUCAAGGCAUUGCUGGGCACAUUAAUGUCACUGGUGAUGAGGUGAAAAAGCUGGAUGUGCUAUCCAAUGAUCUGGUAAUCAACAUGCUGCAAGCUUCUUACAGCACAUGUGUCCUGGUUUCUGAGGAGAACAAAGAAGCCAUUAUAACUCCCCCAGAGAAGCAGGGUAAAUACGUGGUGUGUUUUGAUCCGCUGGAUGGUUCCUCCAACAUCGACUGCUUGGCACCAAUAGGCACCAUCUUUGCCAUCUACAAAAAGGUUUCAGAAGGUGAGCCCACAGAAAAGGAUGCUUGCCAGCCAGGCAAUCAAAUAGUGUGCGCCGGUUACGCGCUAUAUGGCAGUGCCACUGUAGUGGCUCUCAGUACUGGAGCUGGACUCAACUUGUUCAUGUUAGAUCCAGCCAUAGGUGAAUUCAUCCUGACAGAAAGAAAUGUCAAGAUCAAGAAGAAGGGUAAGACCUACAGCAUAAAUGAAGGCUAUGCCAAGUAUUUUGAUCCUGCAGUGACUGAGUACAUAAAGCACAAGAAAUUUCCCGAGGAUGGUAGUGCUCCAUAUGGUGCCAGAUACGUUGGCUCCAUGGUUUCAGAUGUGCAUCGUACCAUUGCUUAUGGUGGUAUCUUUUUGUACCCUGCCAAUGAGAAAAGCCCCAAAGGAAAGCUGCGGCUGCUGUACGAGUGUAACCCCAUUGCCUUCCUAGUGGAGCAGGCUGGAGGAAUAGCCACCACAGGUACACAGCGAGUCCUGGACAUCAAGCCUGAAGCUGUGCAUCAGAGGGUUCCGUUCGUAGUGGGUUCUCCAGAUGAUGUGGAGGAAUACUUAUCAUUUGUCAAAAAAUAUCAGAAAUAAAGUUUUCCCUGUAAAUAUCUGAUCAGUUCACUGCAGUUUAAAUCAGCAGUUUAGCAGUUUGUUGUGAAAUUCAUUCUGCCAGUAAAUAGCAUGUACCAAAGUUUAAACACAUGAUUCUUGUCAGACAGGAAACUGAAGUCCCAUAGUCUAAUAUUAGUGCAUGAUUUCACUAAUUGUUCUCUAGAGGCUACAUUUCAUUAAUGUUCAUAUUGAUCUCGAUAAAAUUGUGAAACUCCCCUUUCCAGCCAAUUCAAUAUAAUCUUGUACAAACAGUUAAUUUCAGUUUCCAGAGUACAGCCUUAGGCAUUGUUCCACUUCAUGACAACUUCUGUAGAAUGUUGUGGUUGGUGAGGUUUGCUUUGUGUCAGGUUAGUCAUGAGGUGGUUUGUUGCCACUUACUGGACUGCUUUGCCCAGAUUUACUAAUCCCAGUAAUCAGUUGUUCUGAGUUGUGUAGCAGAAGCAGUCUACACUGUAAUGUAGCAUGUUUAAUAAUAAAGUAAUUAAACUGUACACUGCAGCAGUCACUUAUUACACAGCAAUAAGCCAUAGUCUAUAAACAGUCACUCCAGUCAUUUAUUUAGGUUACAGCACCAAGUAAAGUUCACUUCACAUUCUGCAUGCUCAGCAUCCCUCCAUUUAACAUCAAGAGAUCGGUAUUGAUGAGGUUUAUUUUGUUUAGCUACUGUUGAUCUCCAUAGGAGAUUUUUUUGUAAGCAUACAGUGCAAUCAGAUUUUAGGAGUCAAACCGAUGAAAGAACACGCACAUCAAGAAACUUUUCAGUCAGUAUAAGGUUUAAUCACUUGAAAAAUCAGUUACAGGGAACUCAAAUGAAAUGGGCAAACAGCACAGGGUGCAAAAUAAAACUGAACGCUUAUUGCACAUGUCGCACUUUCAAAGGUUUGGUUAAGUGAUCCAAAAAAGGCAUUUACAUUU